AUAACUGUCAGAAAUAUCGCCUCCAUUUGUAAUAUGGGCACCAAUGCCUCUGCUCUAGAGAAAGACAUUGGUCCGGAGCAGUUCCCAAUCAACGAACACUACUUUGGAUUGGUCAACUUUGGGAACACUUGUUACUGUAACUCGGUGCUUCAGGCCCUGUACUUCUGCCGGCCCUUCCGGGAGAACGUGCUGGCCUACAAGGCCCAGCAGAAGAAGGAGAACCUGCUCACGUGUCUGGCAGACCUCUUCCACAGCAUCGCCACCCAGAAGAAAAAGGUGGGAGUCAUCCCGCCCAAGAAGUUCAUCUCACGCCUGCGCAAGGAGAAUGACCUGUUUGAUAACUACAUGCAGCAGGACGCCCAUGAGUUCCUCAACUACCUGCUGAACACAGUGGCAGACAUCCUGCUGGAGGAGAAGAAGCUGAACACACAGGAGAAGCAGAACGGACGCCUCAAGAACAACGGAACGGCCAUCACCACGAAGACCGAGCUCGAGAACAAGACCACGGAGCCCACCUGGGUGCAUGCCAUCUUCCAGGGCACGUUGACCAAUGAGACGCGCUGCCUCAACUGUGAGUCCAUCCGGGCCGUCAGCAGCAAAUAUGAGGACUUUCUGGAUCUUUCUGUGGAUGUAGAGCAGAAUACAUCAAUAACAGACCUUCACUGUCUCUGGGACUUCAGUAACACAGAGACCUUGUGCAGUGAAUACAAAUACUACUGUGAGACAUGCUGCAGCAAGCAGGAGGCCCAGAAAAGGAUGCGUGUGAAGAAGCUGCCUAUGAUCCUGGCCCUGCACCUGAAGCGAUUUAAGUACAUGGAGCAGCUGCACCGAUACACCAAACUGUCCUAUCGUGUUGUCUUCCCUCUGGAGCUCCGCCUCUUCAACACCUCUGGAGACUCUGUCAACCUCGACUGCAUGUACGACCUGGUCGCUGUGGUCGUCCACUGUGGCAGUGGACCCAACAGAGGACACUACAUCAUAGUGAAGAGUCAUGGCUUCUGGCUGUUGUUUGAUGAUGACAUCGUGGAGAAAAUCGAUGCCCAGGCCAUCAAAGAGUUCUAUGGGUUGACGUCAGACAUCUCCAAGAACUCAGAGUCUGGAUACAUCCUCUUCUAUCAGUCCAGGGAGUAACUGGAAUAAACACCCAGCCAGAGAGAGAGAAUGAUUGGAACUCUGACCCUGACCCCUCUCUGAGUCAUGUGCCAACGCCAUUCCCCGUCUCACUGCCUUCCCUGGGUCUGCCUGGACUUCAUUUCCCAUAACCCCAUGCUCUCCCUCCCUGCAUUCAGCAUGCUGGGAAGACUGUAUAAACUGCCUUUUGUCCUUCAGCAUCUGGACAGCACUUUAGAACAACAACAACAAAAAACAAACAGUCACAACAACAAGGAGCAGGAAACAUAAAGAAGCUACAACGGGCUGGUGUGUGAUGCCCGUUUGUCUCCGCAUGGGGCCAGGUCUGAAGACCUGAAGACCCACCAUGGGUCACUCUUCCUGGGUCUGCCUGGCAUACAGAGCUGGCUAGACUGGUACAGGUACAGACUGCUAUGGGAAAGAAGAUUGUAAUAUUUGUAUAUCUGUAUAGUAUGUCUAUUUUCACGCAAUGUCAUAAGUUCAUAAAUACUUUUAGUAGGGUUAUCCCGUGACCUUAUAUUUACAAUGUCCAGCCCAUAGAUGUAUUCUACCUGGGGAUUGGCUAGAGCUGGGAUGGAAUGGAAGUUUUAGGGAGAGAUAUAAACUAGUUGAAAGAGGGUCUAUGCAUCUAGUGUCGCUGAACUGCAUGUUUCGGUGUUCACUGUUUGAGCUGGUGUAGAUUCAACUUGAGUUGUGACCAAUCCAAACCUAUUCAUUGUAAUGCUGAGAUAUGGUAGUUCUACAGAAGACCAGGAUGCAUGUAGCUCUCUGUCUGCUGCUCCCGUCCCCUAACAUAGAGACUGGCCCAGGCCCCAAUGCUCCUCUCCCAAGUUAUAACCAUGUUGUGAUCCAGCCCCCACUCUAGAACAUAGUCACUCACUGACACAAACUACAUCUCUACUAGUCUCUAGACUAGUUUGGUUUCUGUCUAAUCCCUGUUUUGUAAAACACUAUUUAUUGCUCUUAUUUAUGUCUAAUGUUAUAAUGUUGACUGUGCUGGUAGGUGGAGGAGAUUGUGCCUCAGGGCUUGACCCAUCCAGACUCAAUCUUGUCUUGUUUUGUAUGUAACAUCUCCCCCUCACUGAGUCUGGUAGGUCAGUGUUUCCCAACUCCGGUCCUCGAGUACCACCCAAUGGUACACAUUUUUGUUGUAUCCCUGGACAAAUAUUCCUGAUUGAACUCAUUGAGGCCUUGAUGAUUAGUUGAAUCAGGUGUGCUUGUCCGGGGCUACAAUUAAAAUAUGUACGGUUGGGGGUACUGGAGGACCGGAGUUGGGAAACACUGGUGUAGGUAAUAUACAUACAGCGCUCUAUGGGGUUGACAACGUCUUUAGUAGCUUUACUUUGAAGUAUGUGGAUAGCUGGACCCUGUCGAAAGAACCACAUAAUCCACAGUUGUCAGGUAUCAUGAAAAGGAGUGUUUCUCACAGUGAGAUUGGUGCAAUAGGAGGUCAAGUGAGCUGAUAAGAUGCCGACUUCCCUUUGAAGAAAAUAUAUAUGUUGAUAUUAAAUGUUAGUAUGCUUUGCUACCAGCUAGUCUCCUCCCAGUCGGUAGUGUGUAUCUGUGUGAGAUGAUCAAAGGAAGUGGAACUAUUUUGCUAGGUGCGUUAUGGGGCAGCGGUCAACAUAAUGUUGGUAUGAUGACAGAACGUACCUGUUUAUUCUUCUUCCUAUGUUGAAAUAUUGGUGUCUUUACAUGUGUUCUUGUAACACCUUGUUAUUUUGCAUAGUUGCCCCCCCCCCCCCCCC